CUUUUCGUUUUCUUGAAAUCCUCGUGGCGAAUCUAUUCAUUCGAUUAUAUGGCUUCUUCUGGGAAUGUUAGCCACCUCUCCCAGCCUUGUAUGUAUGGAGGAUCCGUGACUUCAAACGCAGAAAGGAAGACUCGAUUUAUGAAAUGGCUGAGUAAGCUUUUGAAAGGCGGGUCUACUCGUGGUGGAAAUCCUCCUCCCCAGUUUAUAGGAGACGAGAGUAUGGUAUUGCGUGCCCCAGUUAGAUCCUUGGAUAAUCGCUCAAGGAGUGACAAAGAGAAGGAAGAAUUAGAUCGAGCCAUUGCCCUUUCUAUGGCCGAAGGCUUGAAGAAACCAAAUGGGUAUGACUGGCCAGCAAGCAAUGAUGAAGAUCUUGCAAAAUCACUUCAGGAUGACUAUGAUUCAUCAUAUCCUCGAUAUGUACCUGAUGAAUAUAAUCCAAUCGUAUAUAGAGUGUGUGGUGGCUGCAACCGAGACAUCGGUUACAGCAAUUACUUGAGAUCUAUGGAGACUUUUUUUCAUCCAGAGUGCUUCCGAUGUCAUGCUUGUGAUUACCCAAUCACGGAACUUGAGUUCUCUUUAUCAGAGAAAAAGGCAUACCAUAAGUCCUGCUUUAAAGACUUGACUCAUCCUAAAUGUGAAGUCUGCUUUCAAUAUAUUCCUGCAAAUAGAGCUGGGUUGAUUGAGUAUCGAUGUCAUCCAUUUUGGUCCCAAAAGUAUUGUCCUGAACAUGAGCAUGAUAAUACAGCUCGCUGUUGUAGUUGUGAACGAUUAGAGUCUGUGAAUGCACGAUACAUCUCUUUGGGAGAUGGACGCAGUUUAUGCCUGGAAUGCAUGGAAUCUGCAAUAAUGGAUACAGGUGACUGCCAACCGCUUUACCAUUCCAUUAGAGACUACUACGAGGGAAUGAACAUGAGACUUGAUCAACAAAUUCCAAUGCUUCUCGUUGAAAGACAUGCCCUUAAUGAUGCUAUCGUCGGGGAGAAAAUUGGCUUCCAUCAUUUGCCCGAGACAAGGGGUUUAUGCCUUUCUGAGGAACAGACUGUUACAAGCAUACAAAAAAGGCCGAAAAUUGGUGGCCGUCGAUUGGUAGGAAUGAGAACUCAGCAUCAGAAGCUAAUUCGCAGAUGUGAAGUUACUGCCAUACUUGUUUUGUAUGGUCUUCCAAGGUUACUCACUGGGGCUAUUCUUGCUCACGAGUUGAUGCAUGGCUGGUUACGUCUUCAUGGUUUCAGGAAUUUGAACCCUGAGGUAGAAGAAGGUAUUUGUCAAGUUCUUGCAAAUAUGUGGCUCGAAGCAGAAAUCAUGCCCGGAUUAAAAAACAUGCCAUCAACAUCUUCAUCAAUGACAUCCUCAUCAAAGAAAGGUGGAAAAUCAAGAGUUGAAAACAGACUAGGUGAAUUUUUCAUACACCAGAUAGACAAUGAUGCAUCAGCAGCAUAUGGAGGAGGGUUUCGUGCUGCUAAUAAAGCUGUCAUUACAUAUGGUCUACGUAGAACACUAGAGCACAUUCGCCUCACGGGAAGCAUCCCUUUGUGAGUUUUCGUGUUUUUUUUUUUUUUUUUCAAUUUUACUUUCUAUACAUAAUUAUCCAUCUUUAUUUUUGCACAAAUUGCUCUUGAGGAUCAAAAUGAUCAAAUGGCUUUAAGUUUUUUUCUGGGUCAUUUGGAGUUAAAUGUGCAAGAAAAUGGCAGAGUUGUUCUUGAUUGAAUUUUCAUAAACCUUAAAGCUGAACCGUUUCUGUAAUUUGUAUGGUGUUUUUGAUGUAUAAUUAUUUAUGAACUUCUGGGAUUGUAACCUCAAACUAUUUAGCUAUGGUGUAACAAAAAGAGA